UGACCCCGCCCCCUCCGCGCUGCAUUCUGGGUAGCUAAUUUGAAAGCGAAGCGGGCUUUAGUGUUUCCAUUCUGCCGCGUAGUAGUUCCUGGCAUAUCCAGCCAUGGACGGGGAGGAGAGGCCGUCGACUGGCUCGAAUGAACCGGGAGAUCUGCACAGGAGCCGAGUGGAGCCCGAGCAAGUAGAAAGAUAUGAGCUUUACGUGAAGAAAGCAAAACAGGAAGCUACGAGUGGAAACCUGGAAAAAGCAAUUAAGUUUUUUGUAAAAGCUAGUGAAAUUCAUCCCAGUGACAAAAUACAUCGGCGCAUAGAAAAACUGAAAGAAGCCCUUGAGGAACUGGACCUGCAAGAAGAUGCUGAUGAUGACUUUGUUGAUGUUUUAAACAGCGGCUUAACGAUUUAUAAUGAACUGUACAAUAAGCUUUUUGAACAUCAAAAAGAAGGUGUGGCAUUCCUCUACAGCUUGUACCGGGAUGGCAGAAAAGGAGGCAUUCUGGCCGAUGACAUGGGCUUGGGCAAGACUAUACAAGUUAUUGGUUUUCUUUCUGGGAUGUUUGAUUCUGAGCUUAUAAAAUAUGUUUUGCUGGUUAUGCCCACCACUCUAAUAAGUAAUUGGGUGAAAGAAUUUCAGAAAUGGACUCCAGGGUUGAGAGUUGCAGAGUUUCAUGGGACCAGUAAGAAGGAGAGAACAAGAAACCUUGAAAAAAUUCAAAGAAUGAGCGGCAUCAUAAUUACUACUUACCAAAUGCUGAUAAAUAACUGGCAGCAACUUGCAACUUACAAUGGAAGGGAAUUUGAGUGGGACUAUAUCAUUCUAGAUGAAGCUCACAAAAUCAAAACCUCCUCAACAAAAACCGCCAAAUCUUGCCAUUCGAUCCCUGCAAAGAACCGUAUCCUUUUAACAGGCACUCCCAUCCAAAACAACCUACGUGAAAUGUGGGCUUUGUACGAUUUUGCCUGUCAAGGUACAUUGCUUGGAACUUCAAAAACUUUUAAAAUGGAGUAUGAAAACCCAAUAACUCGUGCUAGAGAGAAAGACGCCACACCUGGUGAAAAAGCACUUGGGCUUAAAAUUUCUGAAAACCUCAUGAAAAUUAUACAGCCCUAUUUCCUUCGCCGUACCAAGAGUGAUGUACAAAAUAAAAAGACAGAGCGAACCAGAGCGCAGGACACUAGUCAAGGUCCCUCUAUGCCCUCCCUGACAAGAAAAAAUGACUUCAUUGUAUGGGUGUAUUUGUCUACAAUACAGGAGGACGUAUAUAGGAAGUUUAUAUCUCUAGACCAGAUUAAGGAAUUGUUAAUGACUACGCGAUCUCCUCUAGCUGAGCUAAACAUUCUAAAAAAGCUAUGUGAUCAUCCAAGACUGUUGUCUGCUAGAGCUUGUAUUCAGCUUGGGCUAGAAGGAGAUGAUUACCAUUCCAAUGAAGAGGGUGACCAUGAACUUGUGACAAAGUUUGAUCAUCUUUCUGAUGAGAUUUUGAUCGAGGAAUCUGGAAAACUUUUGCUUUUGAUCGACCUUUUGCAUAAACUAAAAGAGGAAGGUCACCGUACACUAGUUUUUUCUCAGUCAAGAAAAAUGCUUGACAUGAUUGAUCGCAUUUUGCAAAACAAAAACUUUAAAGUUAUGCGUAUUGAUGGAACUGUGGCCCUUCCGGAACGGGAGAAAAGAAUUAGCAUUUUCCAAAGCAACAACAAUUAUUCUGUGUUAUUGCUAACAACACAAGUUGGAGGUGUGGGAUUAACACUGACUGCCGCUGACCGAGUUGUCAUUUUUGAUCCCAGCUGGAACCCAGCUACAGAUGCUCAGGCUGUUGACCGAGCUUAUAGAAUAGGACAACAAGAGAAUGUGGUUAUUUACAGACUCAUAACAUGUGGCACUGUGGAGGAGAAAAUCUACCGAAGGCAAAUUUUCAAGGAAUCUUUGAUACGGCAAACAACGGGCGAUAAGAAAAACCCUUUUCGCUAUUUUUCAAAACAAGAGUUAAAAGAACUAUUUUCUUUGGAGGAUACACGAACCUCUUCUACACAGAUUCAGCUUCAAAAUAUGCAUGCAGCUGAAAGGAAAACAGACACUCGCCUCGAUGAACACAUUGCUUAUUUGCAUACGCUGCAGAUUUUUGGCAUUUCUGACCAUGACCUUGUUUAUGCAAAUGAGUUGUCUUCUCAAGAGGACAAUGAAUAUGAAGAUGAGCAUGGUCAGUAUAUUGAGCAGAGGGUUCAGAAGGCUCAUGAGCUGGUGCAGAUGGAAUCACAGCUGAAUGAGCAACUAAUGGACCAAAUCAGAAAAAGUACUGAAGGAGCUUGGGUGAGGCAAAUUUCAACAGCUCCGGAGAAACCAAAGAAAACUAGUCUUCCCAGAGAAAAACAGUACAGCUCUCCACCAGUAACAGUUGAUCUCACAGAGGAUGAUGUUGGAGAAGUCAGCUGCCACAUGACUAGUUUAAUCAUUAAUGACUCUAGUGGAGAAGAGGAUGUAGAUCUACCUGCGGCACCAUUUAGCAUAAAGCCACUGAAUGGAAACAGUCAUUCUGGUGAUACUUCUCAUGCCGCUGAAAAGCCAUUAAAGCUAGAAAACAGUCUGCAGCAGAGUCAUGAGAAAAUAUUCGACAAGCAAGAAGAAAUUAUUGUUUCUGACAGCUCAGUUAUAGAAACUGAUGAUGAUAGGAAUACUCCAAGUUUAAAAGGUGAUUGGAGCAAGCCCUCUCCUCCUGUAACAGAACAUAUUUCUUAUAGUCAUCCAGCCGAGGGGGAACCUAUUCCAAUUUGGCAUGUGGAGCCAGAGGUGUGUAAAAAACUUAGACAUUCCUUCGGUAAUAGAACCGAAGAAUUUCAACAAUCUUGUGUAACGGACACUGAUAUGAAUGAUGGACUGGAAGCUAGCCUGUCUGCAUCUAAGUCCCAUUUGCCUUGUGACUUUAACCUCGUACUCGAUGAUUCUAUGGAAAGAGAUGAAUGCAAUGCAUCAAUGGAGGGGUUAGAAGGUGCCAUGGAAAUAUCAGCAGCUGCUGACAAGAAUGCUAUUUUAGUGUUGGAAGAUUCUGUAGAGAACACAAGCCAAAGAAAUGGCUUGGAAAUAUCUAUGGUCUCUGAGAAUGGUGAUAUGGUAGUAUUGGAUAGUUCCAUGGCCAACACAAGUCAAAGAAAUGUCUUGGGGACUUCUAACAAGGGAGCAAUGCUGGUUUUAGAAAAUUCUACUGAAGACAUAAGCCAAGAGGGUAAUAUAUCGGAAACUUCCAUGAAACUGGAACAAGAAAAGAAAAAUCUAAAUGAAUCCAUGGAAACUGCAGAUGUCCAUAUUAAAGACUGUAGUAAGCAGGAUUUCAAGGAAUAUCCACUUGAGGGAGAGGAAGAUGAAAAAUCUUUUCACAUCAACGAAGUCUCUGGAACAGAUAACAAUGAAUUACAAGCCAGUGUUCACACAGACAGUGAAGACGAGUUGGAGUAUUUUGUUUCCAAGAAAAAAACUGCUAGAAGAAUCUACUCUGACAGUGAGGGUGAAAGCUCAGUGUAUGUUGAUGAGAAUGAAAAGGUGUUUUCUCCUACUAGUAGCCCUUCAGUCAAGGGUAUAACUGCCUCAACACCAAAAUUGAAUAAGUCCAUUUCUGAUUCAUUGUUCCCUCUCAGACAAAGUCUUGGGCGACGUAGAUCAAUAGCAUCCAGAAGAUCCCUUGUGCAUGUAGCAGUAGAGGAAGCAGCAGAUGUGAAUGACACUAUUGUAAGUUCAAGCUCUGAAGAGAGUGGAGAAGAGGAAGAUGAAUUUGUCACAUCAGAAGCCAAAGAAGCUGAUGAGGAAGAAUCUGUGGAACCUGAAGAGGAGCCAGCUGGGGAGACUCUACCCCAGGAGGAAAGCAUUGUGCAACAUUCAGAAGAUUAUGAAUCUGACAGUUUUGUAGUAAAGAGUUCAUUUGACCAAGAAGAAGACGACUGUUCUUCUGAUGAGUCAACGGGUGAAGAUCUAUUACCCGGAGAACAGAUAGAUUACCUUGCCCAGGAAAAUGUCAACAUUAAAGGAGGAGUUUCACUAAAUGAAGAUCCUUACGUCACUCUUGUGAACCGUGGCAAACAGCUCAAGGAUGCCGGGAAAGUGAAAGAAGCACUUGCUUGCUUUUUAGAAGCACUAGACUUAAAACCAGGAGAUCCUGAGAUAAUGAUGAUAACCCUGAACCUGUAUAGGCAACAGCCACAAUAAUGGAAUUACAGUGUAUUUAUAUAUAGUAAAUAGAUGCUGUUCAUAUGUUUGUCCCAUAAGACUAUGCAAGUUUGCUGUUGAUUUGAUUACUGAAUCAGUAACACAGAGAUAUUGCCAAUAUCCAUGUUUCAGGCAAUAUGUUAAUUAAAUGUCUGUACAGUCCCCACUUUACUGAACAGGACUCAAAGUUGAAGAGAAAGUAUUACAUAAAGAAAAUCCAAUAAAUAGUAGCAGAUGUUUAAUAUAA